UAUAUGUACACCAUAGGCCAAGCCUGCCUGUCGACAACUUGAUUCUCCGAACACCAAAAACAGAAGAUCUUGAAGUCCAGUUUUUUUCUGUAGCCGGACGUGUGUAACUGAAACACCAAAGACCCUUUUCUUAAAACUUCAUUUUAAGGUCGCCCGUCUCUUCAGAUUUCAUGAUUUUCACUUUGACCGCCAUGAAAAGGCUUAGAGGUUUCAGGAUUGGACGCAAGAAACUAGCGAGAUUCUUCAAAUGGAUAGCCCGACCCAGAAGAAAACCUGCCCGUUUGAGUUCCAUGGACCUCCCUAGAAGGUCCUUCAACUCCAUUUCCAAAAUCCUGGGCAUGGCUCGACGUCUGCAGCGUGGAGCUAAGACUCUCUGUUUUCCGCAUUCGGAUCCGGGUUACAUCAGAUUGGGCCAUGCGAAACCGAUGGAGGUACCUAAAGGACACAUGGCCGUGUACGUGGGACAACCAGAUGGAGAUACGAAGAGGGAAUUGGUGCCUGUCAUUUACUUCAAUCACCCACUCUUUGGAGAGCUAUUAAAGGGAACAGAGCGGGUAUACGGGUAUAAUCAUUCGGGUGGGAUCACGAUACCGUGUGGGUAUUCGGAGUUUGAGAAGGUAAAGGUGAGGAUUGCCGCAUGGAAUCAUUGCCAUAAAAGUAGAGGUUACAGUUUACAGAGAAGGCACCAUAAGUAUUGGUAAUAUUCGUGUCAUUGGUGGGGAUUGAAUUUGUACCACAAAUAUUUUUAUUUUCCAUUUGGGAAAAUUCGAUUCCAAUAGUUUUUAUUAAUAGAAGAAGUGAAAUGAUUGCUUUUAAUGAUA